AUGACUCAAACCUGGAUGAAAAAAGAUAUCAAUUGAUAAAAAAUGUUUCUUGUUUAGUUUUAGUUGCAGAAGUUGGAAAGAAAAGUGGACUAGUAAUUAAAAUAUUUGAUGCUGUGGCUUUAAUGACCUUUGAAAUUCUGCCAACUUUACAAUUCAUGCUCCUGUUCUACACGUUUGGUUCUGUCAGAACAGGACUUAUCGUUGUUAUCAUUUUACCACUGUUAAUGAUGAUGAUGAAUGAGAGAAUGUUUGUUAUAUUCAAAUUUAGACUUGAGUGUUCAGAAUCAAUCAUGAGGGCAGUGAUGUUAACCUUGACAAUAGUGACAAAUGCAGUGAUGAUCGGUUUUUACAUUUUCAGUCUGGAUGAUAAAACGGAUGCUGUUGGAUGGGGCUGUGUGCUUGUGCUUCUGCAGAUACUGUGGAUUAUUAUUAAGUUCACAGAUAUUACUUUUUCUGACUCGAUUAGAUUAUCUAGAGGUUUUCCUCGUGUUGUUGCUGUGUAUGUGUUUGGAUCAGUUGGUAUUGUUUUACUGAAUUCUGUUACUCUGAUGACUGAACUGAUAUUGAAAACAGUGACUGGUGUUCGAUCAAUUGCAGAUCUGAGGUUCAUUGCAUUCCUUUCUGAAUGUUUGUUUGCUUUAAUUCUACUGAUUUCUGGAUUAUUUCCAUCAAAGAUCAAAAAGUUUCUGGAGUUUUGUCAGAACCCGGGGAAAUGUAAGAAAUGUCCAAUUAGAAGAUCACAGCAGAACCAAAACACAACACAAACACAAGAUGCUAUUCUUCUGAGGACUGAAGAUCAGGGGGAAAAUCAGCCUGGAUCAGUGGAAACACCAACAUGAUCCACAAGAGAAUAAAAUUAUUCCAGAUUUAUCUUGCAUCACAUGCUUGUUUUUUUUUAGCUACUCUUUCUGCCAGAUGAAAACAAAAAGAAUAUUAAACUAUUUUUCUGACGGUUUACUCUUAUGUUCCUGCAUUGCUGAAGUUUGCUGUAAUGAUGUUAUUUGUUUAUUAAUAUGCUGUAAAUAGUUUUGUUCCUGAUUUUAAAAGGAGCUGUAAAUACAUGCAGAAUGUCACCACACUUUGUAGUAUAACGAUUUUGUAUUAAUGUGACAUUAAUCUUUAUUUUAAAGUAUGCUGUACACCAACUUCAACAGAGCAAAUAAACCAGAAACUGGUAUGACAAUAUGAAAA